ACCGUAGGAGGGCGCUGAGUCCGAAUGGGAGCAGCUUUUUUCCCCCCCAGACAAUGGGGUCAAACGACACAGUAGCUAACCCUGGGCCCCAACGCACUCACCGGAUGUUGUGGGUUUGGGAGUCCCUUGACAUUUAGCUUUGACAAGAAGCACUUUAACUGACGGUACAAUAACGUUUUUAUUUUGUUUGUUGGUUUGUUUCAUUGUGACCACAGCCACGUUUUAGCCUGCGAAACCUAGCUGACGCUCACGGGUUAGCUCGGAAGUUGUCACGGUCAACGUCAGCACGGAGAAGACGAACGUGAAACUGAACGUCAGUCACGGCUCAACUGUCGCCCCAAACACCCAAGCCGUCGGAAAAGGUCCGCCUUAUGAGGCUGUUCACCUGAAGUUGUACUGCCCCUCGCUGCCCCUGCCGCUACUCCUAAGAUGAGGAGGCUGACCAAGAAGAAGGCUCUGACUCUGGUGAAGGAGUUGGACGCCUUCCCCAAAGUUCCCGAGAGCUACGUGGAGUCCACGGCCAGCGGUGGGACAGUGUCUCUGAUAGCCUUCACUCUCAUGGCUGUACUUGCUUUCCUGGAGUUCUUCGUGUACAGAAACACAUGGAUGAGGUAUGAGUAUGAGGUGGACAAAGACUUCAGCAGUAAACUCAGGAUAAAUAUCGACAUUACAGUUGCCAUGAGAUGCCAGUAUAUAGGUGCAGAUGUCCUGGAUCUGGCAGAGACCAUGGUCGCAUCUGACGGCUUAAAAUAUGAACCAGUCAACUUUGAACUCUCACCACCGCAAAGAUUAUGGCACAUGACUCUCCUGCACAUUCAGGAGCGGCUGAGAAUGGAGCACUCUCUUCAGGAUGUACUCUUCAAGGCCGCAAUAAAAGGAGCUCCUCCUGCUCAGCUUCAAAGUGAGGACAGGCCCGCUUCCCUCAGUGCCUGCAGGAUACAUGGACAUCUGUAUGUCAACAAGGUGGCUGGAAAUUUCCACAUUACUGUCGGCAAGUCCAUCCCACAUCCCAGAGGCCAUGCCCAUCUAGCUGCUCUAGUCAGCCACGACACUUAUAACUUUUCUCACCGGAUCGACCACCUGUCCUUUGGAGAAGCGAUCCCUGGGAUUAUCAGCCCACUGGACGGCACAGAGAAAGUCUCUGAAGAGUCCAACCACAUGUUUCAGUACUUCAUCACCAUCGUGCCAACCAAGCUGAAUACCUACAAGGUCUCUGCUGACACACAUCAAUACUCAGUCACUGAACGGGAACGAGUGAUAAACCACGCAGCAGGCAGCCAUGGAGUCUCAGGGAUCUUUAUGAAGUACGAUAUCAGCUCACUAAUGGUCAAAGUCACUGAGCAGCACAUGCCCCUCUGGCAGUUUCUCGUCAGACUCUGUGGCAUCAUUGGAGGCAUUUUCUCUACCACAGGUAUGCUCCAUGGUAUGGUUGGCUUCUUGGUUGAUGUGAUUUUCUGUCGUUUCCAAAUGGGAAUCUACAGACAUCUUAAGGAGGCUCCUCUGAAUGUGCAGGAAAACAGUGAGACGCCAGUUCCUACAGAAAAUUACUCUCAACAAUGAGACGACAACAACAACUCGGCUGUAGCAGUGAGAUGCUGGAAAACUGUUUACAAGUUGUUUUAUUAUAAAAUGUGUCUCUGCUUUGCUUAAAAAUGUGUAAAGAUUUUUAUCUUUUUUAAAAUUUUUAUUGGAUGGGUGCAGGAUUCAAACAUAACCGUUUAUCCACCUGGGAAAGAUUGUGAUCAAUACAUCCACUGAUUUUCUGUCACUUUCACUGGAAGGCUGCACCAGGACUGAAAGGCAGAAAUGAUUUCCAUCAUUAUUGUAGGUCUGACUUUGUUAAAUAGACCCACACAGAUGCUUUCACUUGUUCCUGGCUAAUUGGACCUUUUCUCUGGGUCAUAUUUUCAUGUAUACACUUGAUUGACAGGUUAGGUUUAAACCUGUGGAAAAAAAGGGGACAUUUUUCUGAGUCUUUUAUUUAGUUUGGUUACUCCCAGCAUAGCUCUGCUCUAUUUCAAGCCGAAAAGAGGUCAGCUACAAUAAAGGAACAACCUGUGUGGGUGUGUAGGGCCUUUUGAGAGGGGAGUUGUCUGAAGAGACUAUAAGGAUUUUAAAUGGUUCCUCAAGCGUGCCUGUGUGUAAGUGAUUGUUGAAAAUAUGAGGUGCGUUUGUUAAAUAAAAUCCACUUUCAACUGGUAUAUAUAUAUAUUUAAACUCUGGUAUAGUCUCACAUAUAGCUGCAGCUAACAAUUAAUUUGACGAAUGAUUAGAAUGUCAAUUGAUGUUAGGUCUAUAAAUCGUCCAAAAAUUUGUUGAAAAUCACCAAAUGCCCAUCACAACUUUCAAGAGCCCAAGGUGACAUCCUCAGUGCUCCUUGUUUUGUCCAACUAACAGUCCAAAUCACUAAAAU